GCCUUAGAAAAUCGACAACACGUUUUGUCGUGAACGGUCACUGUACGACACCGGACCUAAGUUAAUAUUUCAUUCAAAUAAUCAAUUUUUUUUUCACCGAAAUAUAUAACGUUUAUAGUUUUUAUUGGAUAAUUUUUAAUAAGUGUCUAAAUAUUUUUAAAUAAAUAGGAAUUAAAUUUAUUUUAUUAACAGAAAACAUGCAUCGGUUUUUGUGUCAUUUUGCUGUUUUUUCUUUAAUUAGUAUAAUAUUAGUCAAUGACGUGUUGGCUGAUGACAAUUCAGAAGGCUGUGAGACUUUACCGUCCGAUUUACAUAUUACAAAAGAGGAAUUCGACGAACUGGGAAGAUUACAAAGGACGUGCAGUGGCGACGUAGCGGUAAACAAAUGCGAAGGAGCAUGUAAUUCUCAAGUACAACCUAGUGUCAUUACACCAAGCGGUUUUUUAAAAGAGUGUUACUGUUGCCGUGAAACAUUUUUGAGGGAAAGGGUGAUAACUCUUACACACUGUUACAACCCAGACGGUCAGCGACUUACUGGUGAAAAAUUGGCUACCCUUGAGGUGAAACUAAAAGAACCCGCAGAUUGUAAAUGCUAUAAGUGUGGUGAUUACUCUGGCUAAAAAUAGCUAAUGUAUAAACGAUUUAUUAAACAUAAUUGUUGUUUGUUUUGUAAUAACUAAUAAUAUACGUUCAAUGUCAAAUUAUAGUGUUUAUAACAGUAACAUUUAUUUUGAGUGCACUAAAACGCUAAUUUUACGUUUGUCUAAUGGUAACUUAAAAAUAUUUAUUAAUAGCUGUAUCAACAAUUUUACCAACUAACUAUAAUUGUUCAAAGUUAUUAAAAUCAAUUUUAACAAUCAAAAC